AUGAUUGACGCUGUCUCAGUCUGCACCUCGGUCUCGGUCUGCACCUCGGUCUCGGUCUCGGUCUCGGUCUCGGUCUCGGUCUCGGUCUCGGUCUCGGUCUCGGUCUCGGUCUCGUCUCACUUGGCUCGGGUCCGAGUCAAUCAAGAGUCACUCAACUCUACCACACUACAUACUAUGGCCGACACCAUUACGCUCUCGUCGCAUGCUGUGUACCGGAUCACCUUUGCUACCGGCGAGUACUAUGCCAAGGAAGACAAGCCAUGCUUCUAUCCGGUUGUUACCAUUCUCUUUGACGCCUCGGUCGAGUCUGGCCACUAUCAUGUCCCGUGCAUCCUCUCCUCGCACGGCUACUCGACGUACCGCGGCUCGUAA